AUGGUGUUCACGCGUGGUAGGCAGUCGACUGAAGAGGCAGAUGCGACCUCGAGCACAAGACAUUGGUCACAUCUUGCCACUGACUCUCCAGUUCGUUCUCGCAAGAGACGCCGUAGCAUAUCAGACAACCAUGACUCAACCCCUUUACAGCCUAACUACCCGAAUUCAGCUUCACCAGUGGUAACUCAGAGCAUUCCGCUACAGUCAAGUCUAUCGGAUGGCAAUGCGAGCGCAAAUAAUGACGUUGGGCACCCGCAAGUCGACACAUCCAUAAACGCCGCGCGGGAAGAAGAUAAUGAUACGCAAUUGGCCUCACAAUUGGCCCAAGAACUUCUACAGAAUGGUAUGAAUGGCGUCAUGUCAGAGUAUAAUGCGUCAACAACCUCCGGGUAUCAUCCACAGUAUUAUGAUCAUCUCGCGAUGGCAGGCCCUUCAGGCUUAUUACCUGAUGCAGCAAAUAAAGAAACGAAAAUCCAGAGUCUUCCAAUGCUCGAUAAUCUGGCUGUACAAAUUUUGAACAUCAUUGCGAAGUCGUCCUAUCAAGAAGUCGUUCACAUGGCCAUGAAGAGGGAGACAGAGGCUGGCAGGAAUUACGAGACUUUGAAGGAUCUUUUCAAUCAUGCAAAGAGGGUUUACUCUGAAAGCGAGCCUUUCUUGAAUGCCCGACAAAUGGGGUUCUUUGUGGGUUCUCACAUUGAAACAAUAAGGAAAGCGAAUAUGGCAACAUUCAUUAUCAGUAUCCUCGGAAGCCAAGACGUCGGGUUUUAUCACCUCAACGAAUACUUCAUUGACACAUUUGUCGCCGAAGGACAGCAGCUCGAAAAAAAACACGCUGACCUUCUGCUGGAGCUCAAGACCCAGGCCUACAUUUCAGCCAUAUCAAAUGGCGACCGCAGCCGCGAGGAGAUCUUGUAUGACCUAUUUCCGGAGAACAUGGAAGAACGUCUUGCAUCAAGGAGACCUGGCGGAAAGAAGCUUACUCCGAAUGAGAGAGAGUUCCUCAUCCAUGCCUCCAAUCGUAGAAAAGGCCUGUUGGACGAGCCCGAUACUCCUGAAGCUGUAAAGCAAUUGCCAGAAAAAUACAUAUGGGCUAAAUUCCUGAGAGAUGUGAGCGGCUAUAUUGUCAAGACUUACAGUGCAGUCUCGCCCGACCAGGAUCAGAACGACUCCAUAUUACCCAAGCCAGCUCCUUUCGCCCCGCCAGUGUCGAGCGCGCAAAGCCAAAGCCAGCAAACGCCGCAAUCAAAUGAUGAUAUUGCCGGAAAAGCUCAGCGGGCUGCCCAAUUUGCGAUGCAGGACUAUGGAUCUGGGCAAAACCCUUCAGGAGACGAUCAAACUACACGAAAUACUUCGACGGCAGCACAAUCGAUGCCCACACAAGCUUUAGGUCCGGAGAUACAAUUUCAUUUCGAAAACAAACUGCACCCUAAUGUCCCUGGACCUCAAUUGACAUCAUACUAUAACGCGGUGACCGGCCACUAUGGUCCAAUGUAUGAUCACUGGGGCGCCCCACUGAACGAUCCGAACUACGUCCCUUAUCCCACACAAUCUGCGCCUACACAGGUCCUUUACGAACGUGCACGAAUGGUGGCCUCCGCUAAAUCACAGUCAUCAGUGCGCAAACCCGGUCAACCAAACCAACGACAUCCCUGGACCUUGGAAGAAGAGAAUACGCUGAUGGCCGGGCUCGACCGAGUAAAAGGCCCUCAUUGGAGCCAAAUCCUGGCUAUGUUUGGCCGUGGAGGCACAAUCAGUGAAAUAUUGAAAGACCGAGGCCAAGUUCAGCUCAAAGACAAGGCCCGUAAUUUGAAACUCUUCUUCUUGAAGAACAACAUCGAGGUACCUUAUUACCUGCAAUUCGUUACUGGUGAAAUGAAAACUAGAGCGCCCAGCCAAGCAGCGAAGCAAGAAGCAAAGAAGAAGGCUACUUCUGAGGAAGAUCGUGCACGAACCGAAGGUAUCUUGGCUUUGGCAGCUGGUCCCUCACGGGGUGAAUCUUCUACUUCUACUUCAACAAAGGAGCUGCCUUCUAGACCGAAUGAGGCUCUCGAGAAACCCCCGACCAAUCAUGAAAACCCCAAUGAAGGCAACCUGGAUCCUCAUAUUUCAUCACCGACCCCCAUCACCGCUGGCCGCCCCAAUUUCGCCCCCAUCCCAGACAUGAUGAGCGGCCGAAAAUCCGAACCACAACUCAGUUCACAACAUCCGAAUAAAGCCUUCCCCUCUCAACCACCGCCCACCUUUUCCGCGUCAUCACCUCACGGUAUCUCUCCCGCUGGCCAGGCACGGCCUGGCAUACCAAUGUAA